CGGGAGCCCGCGCGGGGAGGGGGGAGGAUUGCCGCUUGGUGAUUGGCUGGGCCGGGGGGCCUAAAGGCCCCGCCCCUUGACUGAGGGCUUCUCCCGGAUGCUGUGAGGGGAAGGCAGGGAGAGAGAACCGGGCCGAGGCGCGCUGGGGCCGGGGCCCCGGAAGAGACCGGGGCCUCGAGGGACGGGGACGCCCAACCGCCGCCAGGAGAAGGUUUGUAUGUGGAAAGGAAGAACUUCGAACACUUGGCAGUAGCUAGGAACUCAGCAUGAAUGGGGAACGGAUCGAUUCUUUGCCCACAAAUCCUCCUGCACUCAAUCUGCAGUAAAAGCAGGCCUCAGCCAUGGAGGACAAGCGCAACAUCCAGAUCAUCGAGUGGGAGCACCUGGAUAAGAAGAAGUUCUACGUCUUUGGCGUCUGCAUGACCAUGAUGAUCCGGGUCAGCGUGUACCCCUUCACACUUAUCCGGACACGGCUGCAGGUGCAGAAGGGGAAGAGUCUCUACAACGGGACCUUUGAUGCGUUUGUGAAGAUCCUGCGGGCGGAAGGGGCUGCCGGGCUCUACCGGGGCUUCUUGGUCAACACCUUCACUCUGAUCUCCGGCCAGUGCUAUGUGACGACGUAUGAGCUGACCCGCAAGUACGUCUCCCACUACACCAGCAGCAACACUAUAAAGUCGCUGGUGGCUGGCGGUUCAGCCUCCCUAGUGGCCCAGAGCAUCACGGUGCCCAUAGAUGUGGUCUCCCAGCAUUUGAUGAUGCAGCGGAAAGGGGAGACCAUGGGCCGGUUCAAAGUGCAGGCCUACAAAGGCAAACGGUUUCCAGUCUUUGGCCAAACUCGGGACAUCAUCGCACAGAUCUUCAAGGCCGACGGGCUGAGGGGGUUCUACAGGGGUUACGUGGCGUCCCUUCUCACUUACAUUCCCAACAGUGCCGUCUGGUGGCCCUUCUACCAUUUCUAUGCAGAACAGCUUUCCAGCCUGACGCCCAAGGAUUGCCCACACCUGCUUCUCCAGGCCAUAUCUGGGCCAAUGGCUGCUGCAACAGCUUCCACUCUCACCAACCCCAUGGAUGUCAUCCGGGCUCGUGUGCAGGUGGAAGGCAAAAGUUCCAUUAUUCUCACGUUCAAGCAGCUGAUAGCGGAGGAAGGGCCCUGGGGCCUGACAAAAGGCCUCUCUGCCCGCAUCAUCUCAGCCACCCCUUCCACCAUUGUCAUUGUGGUGGGCUAUGAGACGCUGAAGAAACUCAGCCUCCGUCCAGAGCUAGUGGACUCCAGGCACUGGUAGCAAAACUGGAGAAAGGCGAGUCGGACUUGGCUGGAACCUCUUGGACCGUUGGCAAAGUUGAAAAUUCACCAAAAAGUGAGCACGGUGCCCGGAGAGCUUUCUAACAAGUAUUUGUUAGUGGAGGGCUAAAUGCAAGCGGCUGUAUUUUUUUAAAGUCCCCUUCCCCAGUAUUUGUCCACCCCUUUGGAUCGACUGCAACAUUCUGUAGAGGAAGCAUCUACUGUAAAAAAAACCCUUGCUCAUAUGUGAAGGAACCCAGGGGCAUCUUUUUCCCCCUUUCCUUUUUGAAUUAAAAAGAAACACACCUUAACGAUUGAAGCAAAGCCACAUUUUCUUUUCAAAGUGCAUUUGUAUUCUUUUCUUUAUUUUGCUAAAUUCCCACCCUGGGAGGCUAUCCUCAUGUAAUUCAUUCUUCACCCACCCACCACCCAUUGGUAGAGAACCAGCCACUUUCAGCAGCGCACACCGCUUGGAAAGAAGACAUUAGCAAAAAUGCCCCUCUAAAACGUCUACAGAUUGAAGAUUUGAGAGGCGGGGGGACAUGCCAAAAGCCAGGAGUUAUUUUUAAGAGAGACUGCUUUGACGUCUUGACAAGAUCUGUAUAUAUAAAUAUUUCCUUAUUUUGUAUAUCCUUGGAAACUAUCUUGCCAAUUCUCCACUAGCCUGGUUCCCCACCCAACCCCCCUGCAUUUCCUCAUGUCAAAAGUGAUUUUAAAUGAUGCUCCUUCUUAGUCUGCAGCAGCAGAGGUGCACAGCUGUACUCUGUGUGUCCGUGCGUGCAUCUUCUGGGAUUAAAAUCCUUUCUAGGGGAGGAUGCACCCUUCAUUUUGUGGCCUUUGUAAAUGUAAGUGGUUUUUAAAAAGUUCCCUAUCCUAAAAGCCUCCCCUUGAUUUUUUUCCCCUUUUAAGCACCAUGAAAUCUGAUUCUCUACCUUUCGGAUUCAUCUGAAAGGCAGAAAUUAAUUUUGCUGACAAGACGUGUAUAAUACUUUUCAUCUUUGUACAAGUAUGACAACUGUCUCAAUCAUUGAAUGGAUGUUUUCUAAUGUGUAGGGCAGGCUGCUGAGAAGGUGCACGGAAUCUUCUACUGUUUGGGGCGUGGGUGGAAGAAAGAACUUCACAUUUUGCUUGGUCAGGGCAGCCAGUUGAGACUGCAGCCCUUGACAGACCUGGCUCUACCUUGGCCAAAGUUGGUUUGGGUUCCUGUUUUCUACCCAAGAGCUCUCUGCCAAGGGCCUUGUAAGAGGAUGAGCAAAACUGGGUCAUGCGAUCCAACCCUUUCAGGUGAUGGGCAUCUAUCCACUUCAUCCUCCUCUCUUGCUGCUGUCUAGAAAUAUGAAGACCUGGAAAAAAUGGGGGGAUUUUUUUUUUCUGGGCCUUCAUCUUUUCUGUUGCAACUCCAGAACUGAUACUUAACUUUUUUUAAACCUUGCUCCUCUCUGUCCACAGUGCUUGUGUACCCAUGUUAAUAUGUGAAAGGCUGCAAUUUGGGGAGUGGAGGUUGCAUUAAUAAGAUGGACGUAAAAUCACUUGUUUUAAAAUGAAGUGUGUGGGGUAGGGACAUCUUUGAAAGCAAUACUGAGGAGGUGAUGUUCUCUGCACUUUGGAUCUCUUCUUUGCAGCAAGCAUUUAAAAAAAAUAGAUUAGAGUUAACUCAAGUGUCAUCAUCAGGAAUCGAGCGAGGGGCUACUGUUCAAAGAAUCUUCUCCAAGUACACCUUCUGCAGAAACAUGGUACUGCGACACUUGUUUUGGCGUGUGGCGGCCUUUGGAAGCAGAAUAUGUGGGCCAGUCUGUCCCCCAGACCCUCUUCUGAUGCCUUUCCUGCUCCCUUGAAGCUGAACUUACCCCAAGCUAUGGCAGGGCGGGGGCUGUUCCAGAAAAGCGAUGGGAAGGAGUAAAGCUAGAGAAACAAAACUCUUCCCCUUGCACCUAUGUGUAGUGGGGUAAAAUAUACCAAACCUGCCCAAAAGCAGCCCUAAAUUGAAGCCACCUUGGACCUAUCAACCCAAGGUUUUGUAAUCUGUGUACCCAGAUUGGUUCUCACUGCAGUGAUAAGACACAUGUAACAGAGCAGGCGGGCGUGUUCUUCUGUAUUAAAACUCUACACGACCCUGUUCAUAGAAAGCUAGUUUGCUAGCUGUAUCUUCUCCAGGAUGGGCUAGUUUUCUCUGCCAGUGGCUGUUUUGUUUGUUUUAAUGGAGAAUUCCUUCAUGUGAGCCACCAUCUGAAUCUGAAGUGGUCCAGUCCAGAUAAGGUUUCCUGCUCAAUCUACUAGAACUAGGCCUUUGCCUGUGGCAUGGGCAUCUGUUUGCGUGGACAGGUGUUAUUUCCCCCCAGGGCUUUUAUUAGGCAAAGGAAAUUAUGUGACCUUGGAAUCCUCAUACCACAUGGUUAUUUCACAUUUAAGCAAAUGCACUGGGAGCCUAACCAGGCUCAUAUUUUGGCUGUCUGGGAGUCAUGUAGACUGUGUGCAGAAUGCCCCCAUGGUGCCUGGAAUUGGUUUGAAUUUGAUUUUUGCCAAGUGGGCCCUCCUUUUGGCUUCCCCUGUGUCCGAGGCACAGUCAAAACAACUUUCUUUUUCAAAUUCAUACACUGUCAGGUUGAGCCACCUUCCCUCCAUAUUUUUAAGUUUCACAAACAUUCUUCAUUGUAUUUUAUAUUAGCCUGGUCUUUGAUGGGAGGUGGUUGGUUUUUUUGGAGGUGCUUACAUAGUGGUGGCUAAUACCUUUCUCUAAGGAAGGGUGACCAACCCCUGCUCCAGGGGUCUGAUUUGGUGCCCCAAGCAAUUUUUCUGCCCCCCCAAGACACCCCUCAAUGUUGGCAAAAAUGUAUAAAGGAAAUGGGAUGCUGGGAUGGAUGGAGAGGUUUGUGUGUGUGUCCCAUCUGCUUGCAGGCAAGAGUGUGUAUGCGACAGUGUGGGGUGUCACCCCACACUGGUAUGCGGCCUCCCAGAGGGCCAAAAAGAAGCUAGCCACUUUUGCUCCAAGGUAAGGUGGCAAAGUAAGCUUAUAAUAAUAUUGGGAGAGUUGGAUGGAUUAAUCCCCCCCCUUUUGAAAAGCUGCUGCAGUGGUAUGUCAGUUCAACAGAUAUACCGCCACCUUCUAUGAAAAUGCUUGGAGCCUUAUCAGUGGAUUGUAUAUAGAGUAGCUGCUUCCUCAUACUGGUUAAAUCAUGAGCAGUUCGUGGCAUUUUCCCCCCUGGUGAGGUACUGUGCACAUCUUCUGCUAUCCCCAGUACAGAUAAACACUUUGGAUCAUUAAACCAGUGGGCUGAAAUCUCAUUCCAAUCUUUACCUUGACUUCGUUUUUUCUAAAGUGCAAUGAUACUCUGAAUAUUUGUUUCUUUGUUUCCAGUCUUUAGAACACAGAAAAUCUGUAGGGAGCUCCAUUGAAUGGAUCUGAGGAAGUGGUAGUUCCUGACUUCUAUUAAAAACAGACACAAGUAUGUUUUGAGCAUGGGGGUAGGUUGGGGGAGGAUGCAGGGUGCAUAGGGCCAACAGGACACCUCCGGCAACCACAUGAAGUGAGGAUUCGCCUGUCUUCUCUAAAUGGGAAUAAAUUCCAAGCAAUCUAUGAUAUCUGUGCCUGCCGUUUCGAUACAGAGUUUGAAUGUACUUGUAUAUAUUAAACCAGGUUUCAAUUUUCCACUGUAAUAAGUCUAUGAAGUGUAAUUAAUUAAAGUUUUUAUUAUUUA